CCUGUCUUAUCGGAAUCGGAAAAAUCUGUUUCCAGGAAAUCAAAAAUCAAAAUUGGGCUCUGAUUGGCCAAGAGGCCCGGAAGCCGGUGAACGGCGAUUUUGAAUUACCGAAAAAUCUGUAUCGCGGCGAAAGUCCCCAGUCCCCAAGGACUUUUUUUGUCCGUGUGCGGACGGCGGACUCCGUGUCCAGAAAAUCUGUUUUGAAGUCUCAACGCAUGGAAGGCUUCGGCAACGCUCCACCUACUUGGCUGGCAACCACACAGCGCUAUAAUAGUUGCUCUCUCUCCGACUGUCGAGACACACACGAUCACAUACGGCGAGCACGCAUAGCAUGGCAGAUGACAUGCUGGAGACGGCCACGGCCGAAAAUUGCGCAACGGGAAGGAGCCAGCGCGUCGGCCUGCUUUCCGGAGCCCAGACGGGGGUGAGGCUGCUGCCGCCCGUACAAGGCGAGGCAGCUGCUGUGAACGGCAGCAAGCGGAGCGUUGGUGUCGCGGACGUUGACCGCUUCAACGCGGGGUUAGCGCGAGCCGCUCAAUAUCGGUCGGAGGCUGGUUGUGAUCAUGAUUAUCAUGGGGAAGAUUCCGACAGCUCUCCUGUUGAUGUGGACGACCAACGGCAGCAGCAGGCAGUCGGUUUGUCUUGGGCUACCCGUAGCCUAAUGGGCGGGCGCGCUUUGUCUCAGGCCUUCACGGCUUGUGGGAGCGAUCGACAACCUACGUGGCAGCACCCUUCUGCGGUCGGCGAAGAAGGUGGCAACACCGAGGAGGAUCGAAAAGUGGAGGAUCCUAUGCUUGUAGAAGUUGGUGGAGAGGAUGGCGAUGGGUGUUCUCCAGACGCGGGUGAACAGCAUGAUGGCGUGCUGGAUGCACUUUCAGGGCAGGUGACGGCUGGCUCCAUGUCUCCUCCCCCUCCGCCUUCUCUACUCCAAGGGCGAGGGGCUAUACCCCCGCCUCCGCUGUCUACUACGGUGGCGGCGGCACCCGUGUACCCACCCCCAGAUCCGCUGUCAUCGUCCACUACGCCUGGUUCUAGGCAAUCCUCACUUGGAGGGCACAGCGGUGGAACCCCGGCAAGUACAUCACCACCUGUUCCGUCGGCUGCGCCGUCGGCAGCGCCAUCGGCUGCGACGAUCAGGCCGACGGCUUCCACCACGCCUGGCGCAGCCCCGCCUCAAGGGCCCAGUAGUGGGAACGAGCAACGUGCAUCCCCAACUCGUGAUACAACAGCGACCGCGGGAAAGGAGGUUCGUACAGAGCCACCUUUGUUCGACUGCUGGCCCCUCCCUAGUUUGAGGCAGGAGGCCACGCGGGAGGCUGGCCGGAGGAAUGCGUUGAAGUUUGGUCCACUGCUUGAACAAGAGCUUCGACAAAUUUCGAAUGCAAGCAAACAGGAGUUGAUCGACGCACUGACGGGUCGCAUGAAGUGGCGCGCACGUCUUGGUGUAAAGCCUGAGUUGAAAGGCAUCCGCUGCGGCGUUACGCCGGAGAAGAAGAAGCAGCUGCGGCGUAGUCGACAAACUGGUCAGCCGACACCUAACUCGUCCCAGGCACUAUGCUGUCGGCUGGUGUGCCUAACUUUGCACCCGGAGUUCAAGGACGACUACAUGUGCUUCAGGGGGGGUGGGGAGGGCACAGCGCGCACCGAACUGGACGUACGGGCGACGGGCGCGAAGCACAGGUUUUUCGCCCGGGUUGCCAGGGCGAUGGCGACUCCCACCUGGCGCGACGGCAACGGUAACCCCCUCUCAGUACCCAACGAUCACUCCAAAGACGAGCUCGCAUCGGAGCAUCUGAAGUCUCUCCUCAAGCGGCUGGACCUAGAGGGGGCGGCUAAGUCGCUGCAGGAGGAACUCAGGGGGAAAUUCAAAGGCGAUGAGGGCGCCUUUUAUGCUGAUCUCCAACUGAGAUGUUUCAAUUGGCUGAAAGAAGUACGGGGCAAGCACACGAAAUUCAAGGAGAACGAGCAAAGAAGUGGUGGGGCCGGUGCGGACGCAACUCAGGACGGGGGAUUCGUCAACGCCCGUCAUCCGUUCCAGUUUAUGCGGGGCUCUUUACCGACAAUGCUCUGGGAGGACGGUAUCGAGCUCUCCGGCGGAGGCGACGACGAGACAUACCGCCCCGGCGAUAUCGUCCUCCCCGAUGGACACCCAGGCUCAGGCAGCAGCGUGCCGGGUGGACCCGGGGUCCGAGGGAGAGGUGAGGCGACACCCGCCCGUUCCUCUGGCAACACCAACUCUCGCAAGCACAAGAAACCCAAGACGGGUUCCGACGACAGGGCGGAGCUGGUAGCCGACACGAAGGAAGUGAUCGCCUUGUGGCGCAAAGCAGCGGAGCAGGAAGAACGGGGAGACAAACCUGCUUUCGGUGAUAUAGAGAAGGACCGAGCGAAGGACCUUGCCAUGGAGGGAUUCAUCGACGAUGUUCAGAGGCUCCAAGCAAAGGUCGAUUCUGCAUCAUCGGACUUUUUGCGGGAGAAAUAUCAGAAAUUGUUGGAUGCCGCUGAAGCGCGAGUGGCACGGGCUGAGCAGAGCAGCGACGAGGCGGCUAUGGCAUCAUCGAGCGCCGCGGCCGCGCCCCCACCGUUAUCGAGUCCUGCUGCGCCAUCUACGCCUGCAGCGGUCGAAGGAGGAACGGUCCAUGUGAUGUAGGAUCUCCAUGGGCUUCCGGGGCGCACGCCCGUGGAUGAUUUGCCGGCGAUGGCACGGGCCUUGGCGCGUACAGGCGACGGGGGUGGGGCUUGAGUACUGGUUGCGCGGGCGAGAGGCGGGGAUGGAUGGUGGGGGGAUACAGUCUUUGGUGGGAGCACCCUGGCUGGAAACCUGCGGGCGACUGCGCGGGUGUUGCUGUAACAGUCCACACGGGGGCGCAGGGGCAGUGGGGCGUGUGUGUUUCGGAGUGAGCGGCAACAGCAGGACGAGAACAGAAUGUAAGCGCACAUGUUGAAUGCUCCCCGAGCCGUGAGGGAUGCUGUGUUUUUGAAGUUUCAAACGUGGGGGGAGUCUUUGAUCUGUGUUCUACGCAAAGGCGUUUGCCGGCAUGGGGGUUGCGCGGGGGUGAACCGUUCAGUAAACGCAACAGCACGCGCCAACACCAGUUAUUUUUAAUUAUCUACUCAUUUUCUAUUUGUGGAGAGGGAUGCACCAGAGCAAGAAAUCUUGGGGGGGCAAUACCUGCCCGGACAUGGCGAAGAGUCACUUCGCUUGGAAGUUGCUCCGUAGCUACUUGAUACAGUAGGUUGUUCCCACUUAAAUAGUUGCUUCCCGGGGGAAUCAAGGACUUGGCUUUCCCAACCGAUUUUUUUUUUUGCUGAUUCUGGGGUGGGUGGAAACUACUGCUGUACGUGGGCACGAAAAAAGAGGCCUUUUUGUGACUGCUGUUGACCUCGCCAAGUGUUGAACAACCCACAUGGCUCGUCGGACAACCACAUAUGAUUUUGUUCAGAUUGAUUUCAUAAGGUCCGCGUAUUCCUGUCAACCAUGGCAUUGGGAGGUGAUGCAUGUUUUUUUUAUGAGUUUGAGGUGCAACGAUUCUUGACGCGGCAAGCGACGAGACUCCUUCCCCCUUUUGGCGAAGAUAUCGCACACGUGAUGAAAUAUUCGGAGUAAUUCCGGAAAUAUUGUAACUCCCUCCGACUCCUUCAGAUUUGGCUAAACAGCAGCAAGAAGUGGAGCUACAGUAUUAUGACAGGGCAUUGCGAUGCUUUCACGCACGUCGGGUUUUCCCUCGAAGGAGGACAUUUGUUUAGUUGUUCUCAUGUUUGGUUCAAGGUUCUGCGGAUCCUCUUAUCAUUUCCAGACGUUUAACAUUGUGACAUGUUGUUUUGGAAUGACGAAUGCGUCAAAAUGACAGCAGUUCCGUCCUAGAGGAUCAUAUUAUCACCGAGACCUUGCUUGUGCUCUGCUGGGUGGAAAGGUCCUGUGAGAGGCUACUCUUCUUAGCGUGUGUGUG